UUUCCUACAGCUGUUUUUCGUACAGUUCCACAACUAGUCAAGUAUAUUCAUGACGAUUUUUCGCCCUUUCAACUUACGGUACAGUAGAUUAAUCAAGCAUGCAAUGGUAUGCAUUUCAGUGUAAACCAGUUCCCAAUACCCAAUUGGAUUUUUGGCUGUCCAUUUCUUGAUUACGACGAAUUAGUAAUUACAAUUAUUAGGAAAAUUUAAGAACAGAUUACAGGAUUCUAAUUAAUCCUACAAUUAAUCACUCUUCCCAACCCCACUCACCCCGGAAUCCAACGAACUCAAAAACCCACACACCACACACAAAAUCUAAAUCAGUAUUGAAAAACACGCCAGUGAAUUACGAGUUGAAGUUGGAUCUGUUUACUACUUGAAUAACAAUGGGAUUCGUAGUGGGUUUAGUCAUUGGAGUGAUUUUCGGGCUGGGUUUAGUUGUUGUUUUUGUUCGAUCGGAAAAUGCUCGAUCCAAGCAACGCUCCGACCUUGCUACUACAAUUGCGUCGUUUGCUAGAAUGACAGUGGAAGAUUCUAGAAAAUUACUAUCACCGGAGUAUUACCCUUCAUGGGUUGUGUUCUCCCAGCGCCAGAAGUUGACUUGGCUUAAUCUUCACCUCGAAAAGAUAUGGCCAUAUGUCAGUGAGGCAGCGUCUGAGCUCAUAAAGGCGAAUGUAGAACCAAUCUUGGAGCAAUAUAGACCAAUGAUAUUGGCUUCUUUGACAUUCUCCAAGUUAACGCUUGGAACUGUAGCGCCUCAAUUCACAGGAGUUUCCAUUAUUGAAGAUGGUACCGAAGGUAUCACCAUGGAGUUAGAGAUGCAGUGGGAUGGAAACCCAAGUAUAAUUCUCGAUAUUAAAACUUAUCUUGGUGUUGCUCUCCCUGUCCAGGUGAAAAAUAUUGGAUUUACUGGGGUUUUCAGAUUGAUUUUCAGACCGCUAGUUGAUGAAUUGCCUUGUUUUGGAGCUGUAUGCUUCUCAUUGAGACAAAAGAGCAAUUUUAUGACCACUCAUGUUGCUGCAUAUAAAAAGCUGGAUUUUAAGCUUAAAGUUAUUGGUGGUGAUAUAUCAACUAUACCUGGCCUUUAUGAUGCCAUUGAGAGCAUGAUAAGGGAUGCUGUUGAAGAUUCUAUUACAUGGCCAGUUCGGAAAAUUAUACCUAUCUUGCCUGGAGAUUAUAGUGACCUUGAGCUCAAGCCUGUAGGAACUUUGGAGGUGAAACUUGUGCAAGCAAAGGAGUUGACUAACAAAGAUAUGAUUGGGAAAUCUGAUCCUUAUGCUGUGAUAUAUGUGCGACCCUUGCGCGAUAGGAUGAAGAAAAGUAGGACUAUUAACAACCAGUUGAAUCCAGUCUGGAAUGAACAUUUUGAAUUUGUAAUUGAAGAUGCAUCAACACAGCACUUGGUAAUAAAAAUCUAUGAUGAUGAAGGGGUUCAGUCAUCUGAACUAAUUGGAUGUGCUCAACUUCAGAUAAGUGAUCUCGAGCCAGGUAAAGUGAAGGACGUGUGGCUGAAAUUGGUGAAGGAUUUGGAAAUUCAGAGGGACAAUAAAAAUAGGGGGCAGGUGCAGUUGGAGCUUCUUUAUGUCCCUAAUGGCAUGGAAAAUGGAUUUGCCAACCCCUUUGUGCAGAAUUUUUCAAUGACUUCCUUGGAGAAGGUUCUUAAAAGUGGUAAUGAAGGAAAAGAAUUAGUUGAAAAUGGUAGUGAAAUCAAAAGAAGGGAGGUAAUUGUGAGAGGGGUACUUUCUGUCACUGUGAUAUCAGCUGAAGAGUUGGCACCUGCAGACCUAAUGGGAAAAGCUGACCCCUACGUGGUACUUAUUAUGAAGAAAACUGAAUCAAAAAACAAAACCAGGGUUAUGAAUGACAGUUUGAAUCCUGUCUGGAAUCAGACCUUUGACUUUGUUGUUGAGGAUGGAUUACAUGAUAUGUUAAUCAUAGAAGUCUGGGACCAUGACACAUUUGGGAAGGAUUACAUGGGAAGAUGCAUUUUGACACUGACAAGGGUUAUAUUAGAAGGCGAAUAUAAAGAUACCUUCCCGCUAGACGGUGCCAAAACAGGAACGCUCAACUUGCAUCUCAAGUGGAAUCCGCAGCCCAUUUACAGAGUCACCUAGUGCCCAUCCAAUGGACAAUAGUUAAUACUAUUGGGUCAUGUGAAUUGAAUUCUGAGCUCUAUAUAAGUAGUGUACGGAGGACGUACCAAAACUCUACCCAGCAACAUUGGUUACCAAGCAUUGAGACAGUAUAUUGUAGAUUAAAUCUUUGUGUAUGUAAAGAUCGUAUAUAACUCCAGCUGUGUGUAGAGAUGGUGUAAAAAUCUGCAGAAAUGUCACUAUGGUUGGGGAAGAAAAUUGAAUGCAAGGUGGAGAUUUGGCGGGAAUUGUUGUAUGAGAAGGUGUUAAACUUAGUGUAUCCUAGGCCAAGCAAGAAUUUUUUAACUUCGGUGCCGUUUGUUUGUCUA